UUAACUGUAAAUAACGUGAAGCUAACUGAAACUGGAAGUAAAAUAUAUAGUUCAUACAUAGGUAAAGUGUAAUUUAGGAUUAGUAUGAUGCAGUUGGAAGACAUUAAAUAUGAAUAUAAACUAGACAAGUCUCAGUGCCACACAUGCCUAACUUUUGGUCGAAAGCUUACCUCAUUAGGUGAAUAUGUAGAUAUAUUCAGAAAAAUAGCCCCUCAAACUGGAUUCUCGAUGAACUGCAAUAUGGAAUCAAUGCAAAUUUGCUGGGAGUGCAGCGCAGUGCUAUCAAAGAUGGCUGGCUUCCAGAAGCAAGUGCUCAGAGCCUCUGAAAUGCUGGAAAUGGGGCAGGCAUAUGGAACAUUGUCAAAUCUAACUACAGUCAUAUUUAAUGACAUAAGUCCUAACACAAUCUACGUCACACAAACAAAUGAACCAACACACACAGAUACAAAAUCUGAAACAGAUGAUAUCCAUGACACUGGUCAUGUUUCAGAUGCCACAGAUAACAUAGAAUUGGCGAAAACAGAGGGCAUAGAGAUUAAAAAAACUGUAAAAGUAAAAAAUAAUAAGUGGACUUUGAAAAGAGCAUUGCUGAAUAAAAAGCCUAAAUUUAAAGUAAUUGACAAUAAUAAAAUAUUUAGAAAGGUCAAAUUAAGUUUAGAAGAACUUAAAAGUUGUUUAGAGAAGGAAAGACUUAGUGAGUUUUUCAUGUCAUGUAAAUUUAAAUGUGAAAGCUGUGUGCUUGGUUUUGAGGAUGAAAAUUGUCUGGCUAGGCAUAUAGCGAGACAUCAUAGUGAGAUUAUAGGCCCAUACAUCUGCGACACAUGCAACACGCGAGCACCUAACAAAAGCUCCCUAGCGUCGCACAUAUCUAGACACUACUACACGCACGAGUGCUCGCUGUGUGCGUUCGCCAGCUGCCACGUCACGCACAGGCGCGUCCAUGCGCGCACGCAUAAGGUCGUGCUGCAGUGCGUCAAGUGCGAGUUGAAGUUUGGGUCCCGCCGGGAAUUCUUCCAGCACUACAAGGCGUGGCACGAGAGGUUCGUCUGCGACCUCUGCGGCGUCAGCUUCAAGAUGCGAUACUGCAUCAAGGACCAUAUCAGGAAGCAACAUUCCCCUUUUGAAUGCAAACUCUGUGAUAAGAAAUUUUCCCGAUACAAUGGAUUGUGGUUACAUAAUAAGGUGUGUCACACGGAGUCUUCACAAGGCGCGUAUUGUGUGGAGUGCGACCGGCGUUACGCGGACGUGUACCGCUACCGCUGGCACCUCAGCAACAGCGCGCGCCACCGGCCGAGGGCUAGACUACGGAUCCCAUGUCCCGGGUGCGACAAAGUGUUCACGAAGAAGAUAUACAUGAAGGACCACUACGACCUCGUGCAUCUCAAGAAGUACAAGUACCGCUGCGAGCAGUGCGACAAGAAUUUCCUGCGCAACGCGGACCUGGUGCAGCACAGGAAGAGAGUGCACGAGGGCAUCCUCCCGCCCAGGAACAAGAUCUGCUACAUGUGCGGACGAGGGUUCACUACGAACAAGAUCCUGACGAACCACAUGCGCACGCACACGGGCGAGCGGCCGCACUCGUGCGCGCGCUGCCCCGCCGCCUUCGCGCAGCGCGCCGCGCUCCGCCAGCACCAGCGCAAGCGCCACGCCACGUGA